CAAAACAGGUUACUGACUAACUGACGUAUCUUAGGGACACCGCCAGUAAGGCCGCCUCCCAGGGCGCCAGUGCGGACUCUCUGGACAAUAAUGUCGGCGGACUCGUCAGAGAGUGACAGCAGUCCAAACCCGUCGAGAUGCAGAGCGUCUUCCGAAUCACCGAAGCGAUGGUCUCCUGACUGGUCACCAUCGUCUCCAGAUCACGUCCUGGUGGUAUCUCCCGCCAGCUGCAGCGACGAGGCUGUGGAAACCCUCACAGUUUCGGCAUCAUGCUCGGUCUCCUCGCCCAUCUCGACCGUCCCGAGCCCUGCUGAAGAGACGCUAGGAUGGGAGGAUGGUGGAGCGACAACCGAAGAGACAGAGGAAGAGAGCACGCCGGCACGACUGCAAGUGCUUGAGGAGGUGCAGAAUAAGCCAACCAGGCCUGCUCAACCGGUCGAGAGGAGUGUGUCUCCGGCUGAACAGGCAAAUGCACUGCCAAAGAAGGAGGAUAUUAGGCCGAUUCCAGCUGCGCCCCCGGCCGUACUUGUUUGAGAAGAAAGCACGACGCAAGAGGAUGGGGUUGGUGUCUUGGGAGUUUGGGAGUGGGGUUUAGGACCACAUACCUUAAGCCAGUAUCGAUAGAUUGGUUUCUUAGAGUGACUUCGGCGCCAGCUGGACUUUGAAGCACACACAUACAUAGUCUCAGAGGGAUUCGCCUCCGAAGGCCGCAAGGCGCAGGGGCUCAACAUGGAAAGGAAGAAGUCCUACA